CCUCACUGGAAGAGAAGCCUUCUCCCUAUCCUCAUCUGGACAGAUAAGGAGGCUUCAUGACAUCUUCAACCAACUGAAACAUUUCCAGGCAUCAGAACAAAAACCAUCCAGAGUAACAAAUGAAACUGGAAUGCCUCUGGACUGAAGGAACAGGCGAGGAGCAUGACUUGGUGGGACUGUGGAAGGCUCUCCGCCUCCAGAAGGGACAGCCCAUCUGUGUCACCUGCACUGCUGGCAGCCAGGGACAUUUAACCCCUCCUCAGAUGGCUGCCUGCAGCCUGCCCCUGGGACUGGGGCUCCUGCUGCUGCUCCAGGACAUCCAGACAACCCCUCAGACAUCAUUAACCCCACCUCAUUCCUGUGGUACACUAGAGAAUUGGUUCUAUGAUGAAACCUCACAAACCUGCUGUUACCAGUGUCCCUCAGGCUAUGUUAAAAAGAAAGCAUGUCCUCGGGACCCAGCUGCAGACUGCAUGACAUGUGGACCUGAUCAGUAUUUGAACAAUAAAUUCAAAAAGCCACAAUGUGAUGCCUGUGUGUCAUGCUCAAAAGAGCUGGACCUGGUGGAGAAGCAGCCGUGCUCCUUCAGCUCCAGCCGCGUCUGCGAGUGCCGGCCCGGCCUCUUCUGCCAGCUGCCCGUGGUGGACAGCUGCUCCCGCUGCCAGCAGCACUCUGCCUGCAGGCCUGGCUUUGGAGUCAAAACCAGGGGCACCCCAACAAACGAUGUGACUUGUGAAGAGUGCCCUCCUGGGACCUUCUCUGAUCAAAGCUCCAGCACAGACACCUGCAAACCCCACACCAACUGUGCCAAGUUGAACAAAGUAACGCUAAGGAAAGGAAAUGCUACACACGAUCAAGUUUGCCUGGAGCAGCUGCCCACCUACCUCACCCCAAGCACUUUGUCCGUGAGAUUCAGCAAUGAAACAAGUAACUUUGACCUGAGGAUGCUGAAGGAGAACCUGGUGACCCCUGCUAGUGGUGACCUAAGUGUCACAACAACCGAGAAUCCCAGCUCAACUGCAGAGGAGGAAGCUCAGGCUCCCACCUCGGCCAAGGGGGAGAUGGCAGCAGGAGGUGUGGUGCUUUGGGCAGUGGUUCUCUCCCUGGCAGUGCUUCUUGGGGCCAUGCUGGUGUUCUGGAAGUGGAAGGUUUGCAAGAAGAGGAUCCUCGUCCUCAGGAGAAAGCCACACCUGCACUCGGUCAUCGCACACAAAUACGUGCUCAAGUCUCCAGGUUCGGAUCUUGUGAACAAAUGUGCAAAGAUCAUACUGACCACUGAGAGUGGGCUGGAAGAGGAGGAGUUAAUUGACAGAACCCUUCCUUUGGAAACCAACAAUAACUUGGUGUCCAGCACAGAAAAAGCCCAGAGUCCUCACUGGAGUGUGACUGAUGUGACACCAAGCAGUGGCAAUGCCCCAGACUGCCCUGUGGAUUCUCGAGUCAGAGACCACACAAAUAACAGAAUUGAAAAGCUCUACAUCAUGAAGGCCGACACUGUUAUCGUGGGCUCAGUUUCAGAAGUGCCCAGUGGCAAGAACUGUGCUGUUAAAGGAUGUGAAAGUAACCUUGAUGCCCAGGAAAGCACAGAAGAGGAACUGGAAAUGCACUACCCAGAGCAGGAAACAGAGUCUUUUCCAGGGAAUGAUGUAAUGGUGCCAGUGGAAGAGGAGGGAAAGGAAUUUCACCACCCUACCACUGCCACUGAGAAGUGACACCCACAGAGAGGGUGUGGGAGGACACAGAAUCCUCCAGUGUGACACUAAGGCUGAAUUCAUGACAAGGGAGUAAAGACACUGUGCCUUACAUUAUUGGGAAACUCCUGGAAAGCACUGAAGCCCAUUCCAACAAGGAGAGUUAGGACCUAUUCCAUCUAACAAAGGAAGGACCAUCCCAGCUGCUGCCCUUCAGAGCUGACACCAAAUACUCCCAUUUCCCUGCCUCCCAGUAUCAUACUGACAACAAAUUUGAAUCAAAGCUGCACAAUUUAGAGGACAUCUGGAUGUCAGCUGAAGUUUCACAGCUUGUUUUCUCAGUGGGAAGGAAUGGGUUGAAAUCUAUGUCUGGUUACUGCUAUGAGCUGUGAAAAUUCUGGCCAGGAUUCUGAGUCAAACUUGAGACUCAGCCAUGUUGUUUCUACUCCAAUACAUUCCAUUUUGUAAUAUAUUUUGCAACAUCUGGCAUUUACUCAAGGUUUCAACUUUUGAUUGAAAAUGAUAAUAAUCUCAGUUUUCCCUAGCAUAAACAUAACUCUCAAGUUUGUGGAUUUCAUGUUUCUUGAGGAGUUAGGAUCAAAAGGUGCCACACAGGCUCUGAAAUCAGAAGGCAAAUAAAAUUAAUUGAUGUCCACUGUACUUUAGGCCAUUCUUUUUAGGUUUUGAAGUCCAAUUCAUUUUUUUUUACCUCAUCAAAUCAGUAAGUGUACAAAACAGCCUCUUCUGAUGGAAGCCAAACUGGCUGAGCAUCUGGCUAUUGGAUGAACUAUGGGUCAAACCCAGUGUGGAGCCUGUAAAAAGAGAAAUGAAGAAAAGAAACUAUUUUUCUACUGAAAAAGAGGCACAGCAGUUAUUUCCUAUCACAUUAUUAAAAUCUACUUGUUCAUAGAAUUGUGUCACCAUCAGGGUGACACUGAUUUGCAUAUCCUUUAAAAACAAACCUGUUUGGUGGCCAGCUGGCCUGUGUUAUGCUAUUUUUAAAUCUUUUGUGCUGCUUGUUCAAUAACUGCAAAUGUAAUAGUGCUGACUACACUUUUGCACAGGACAAUGGAAAAUGAGCAAUGUGACAAAGUGUGUCUUAAUAAUCAAAAAAAGGAACCACAAAACCCAUUACUUGCUCUGUAGUUUUGUCCUGAUCAGAGCACUGAAAUAACAGGGGUGCAGCUGCAGGGACUUCUGUCUUAGAGUGAACACAAGGGCACAAAAACACCUUUUGGGCCAGACUGGAGUUUGAGCCCAACAUUUCAUCUCUGACAGUUGCAGGAAGGGAUUGGAUUAGUUAGGAAGACCAUAGGUGCUGUUUGCAUUCAUCAUGGCUCUGCAGGUGCAGCUGGCAUUGGAUUGAGGAUGUCAAAGAGUUCAAAUCAGCCUUUAUUAUUCUCUUCUAUCACCAUUAGUUUUUCUUCUCUCUUUUGAAUUUCCAAGUACAACCUGCCUGCAUAAGCACCUGUGGCAAAAGAUUACUGUGUAAAGGACUUUGAGCACUUUGAAACUGGCCCUCUUUAUUUCAGUGAAUGUCACUGGCUGUUGCCUUACAGAAGUCAGUGAGUUGCUUUUUAUUUUUUCUUUUUUAACCAAGUUGCUUUUGUGAUUCAUUGUAUCUCAGCUUUGACUGAACUAAGCCUCCAGGUUGAGUCCCAUCCUUUCAUAUUGCUCAUUAAGUUUGAUGCUUCACUGGCUUGGUCACUUCAGUUGACCUUUUCCACAUCUACUUUAACUUCACUACAUCCUUCAUUUUAGAGAACACCAAUUUGUGAAUCCACAAACUCAAUAACCACAUUUACCUGGCUGUGAUUGUUCACAGCUGUUCUGCAAUGACUGUAACUGUGUAUUUCCACUCUGUAUAUUAAUUAAUCUUUUUUACUGGAAUAGCUUUCUAAAAGAACCAUAUGCAUUGCAACCUGCUGGAUGUGUUAUAGUUAGCUGGUUUAAUAAUGCUGGUAAUCUCUGAAUUAAAAAUUACAUGGAUUUUAAGCCACGGCCAUGCUUUUCCUGUUUGAUAUAUAAAUGUUAAAUUGUUGAUAAUUUCAGUCUCAGAAUAAACAUUUUUGCAAGAAA